AUGGCUGACCAGACCACCCCUGAGGUCACUCUCUCUGAUGCCAGUUUCAUGGUGCAGAUCUUCAAGCACAUGACUGAGAAGCCUGUCAUUGACUGGGAGAGCUUCGCCGAGGCCGCUGGCUUCAAAAACGCGAGUGUUGCUCAGACUCGAUAUGGGCAAAUAAAGCGAAAGUUCACUCAGCCGGGUGACCCGGCCUAUUCCACCCCCAAGAAGACCACUCAGGCUUCCGCCAGCACCCCCACUUCUGGCUCCAAGAUCAAAAAGACCACUGGACGCGUUGGCGUCAAGGGCAAGACGGGCAAGAAAGCUGUCAAGGACGAGGACAACAAGGAUGAGGCCGAUGGCAUGGACACCGAUGACAAGACUAUUAUCAAGACCGAGGAUAUCAAGUUCAAAGAAGAGACUCUCGAUAUCUAA